UAUCUCUUCCUGUUGAAACUUUUGAAAAGUGUCUGUGGAUGUGACCGUACCAGUGAGAUGCCCGUGGGCAGGAGUUGUUCUUCAUAUGGCCCUCCUCUACUAGGCCUGCCAUGACAGCAUUCUUCACCAGCGUCCCCAACUGGAUUCAAGAUGCAAAGCAGGAGGAGGAGGAAGAGACGGGCUGGAAACUAGUGGCCAGACCCAAGGGCCGAGAGAGCGAGAGCCAAGGCAAAUGCCUGUAUGAGCUGUCGGGAGCUUCCUUCUCCAGCGUGGAUAAGCUGAGAGCAAACCCGGAGCAGAGGCCUUACUGCUGCCCGCAACUGCACUGCGGCAAGGCCUUUGCCUCCAAGUACAAACUGUACAGGCACUUGGCCACCCACUCUGCCCAGAAGCCCCACCAAUGCAUGUACUGUGAGAAGAUGUUCCACCGCAAGGAUCACCUGCGCAACCACCUUCAGACGCACGACCCCAACAAGGAAGCCCUCCACUGCCCGGAGUGUGGCAAGAACUACAACACCAAGCUUGGCUACCGGCGGCAUCUGGCCAUGCACGCUGCUGCCAGCGGUGACCUCAGCUGCAAAGUGUGCCUGCAGAUGUUUGAGAGCACCCAGGUCCUGCUAGAGCACCUCAAGGCCCACUCCCGGAGGCCGUCGGGCAGCGUGAAGGAGAAGAAGCACCCGUGCGACCAUUGCGAUCGGCGCUUCUACACCCGCAAAGAUGUGCGGCGGCACCUGGUGGUGCACACGGGCCGGAAGGACUUCUUGUGCCAGUACUGUGCCCAGCGCUUUGGCCGCAAAGACCACCUGACCAGACACAUGAAGAAGAGCCACUCCCAGGAACUGCUGAAGAUCAAGACGGAACCGGUGGACAUGCUGAGCCUUCUGAGCUGCAGUUCGACCGUGACGGUGAAGGAAGAGCUGAGCCCCGUCUUGUGCAUGGCAUCCCGGGAUGUGAUGAACAGCAAGAGUUUCCCUGGGAUGCUGCCCAUGGGCAUGUAUGGGGCACAUGUCCCGCACAUGCCCAGCUCAGGGAUGCCCCAUUCUUUAGUACCCAACCCUCUGCCGAUGGGAAUGAGCUACCCCCUGGAAUCGUCCUCUCCGCCGCAACCCCCCACAAAGUACCAGCUUGGAUCUACCUCAUAUUUGCCUGACAAAAUACCCAAAACAGAGGUGGACAGCUGUUUGGCAGAGCUCCCUGGAGGCCUGUCUCUCAUGCCUGGUGAGCCGUCCUCGUCCUCUCCUCAACAGGCCGCCCUGGAGGAGUCUCUGCUCUCCAAGAGUCCUGCUCUGCUUUCUGAAGCUCUCUGUGCUGCUAACAUGGACUUCUCCCACCUCCUGGGCUUCCUCCCCUUGAACCUUCCUUCGUGCAACCCUCCUGUGUCGUCCGGGGGGCUGGUCAUGGGUUAUUCGCAGGGAGAGGCCCAGUCCCUCCUCACCACUCUGCCGCCCCCAGAGACGUCAGGGGCCGCGGCCUCCCUCGGCUUCGGAGCCCUUCAUUCGUUGCCGUCGGUCUUCUCCCCUGGCUUGGGCGCAACCACCUUGCCACGUUUCCACCAAGCGUUCCAGUGAGGCAGCUGGAGAAAGCAGAGCUUCCUUGGGUGGGCGUGGAGAGGACACCGCCAAGGGGCCCAGAUUUGUUGUCCUCUCUCCUGUGGGCUUGAGGGAGGAGUGAUGGUGAACUGAAACUGCCCCCUAUGCUCUUUGGUGCGUGCCCCAGUCCUGGGCAGUGAGUAGGUUGCAGGAAUUAGAAUUUCAGGUAUU